UGUUUAUCCAGCGUUCAGAUUUCCUGUUUGAGUGUUUGGAUUUCCUGAAAUCUCCUCUAUCACUCCAAGGGGGUGUCCAGUGAGUGGCCCUUUUCUUUGUUUGUUUUAACCCCCUUUCUGCUCACAUGGGUAGACUUUCCUUCCGGCCGCUGUCCCAAUUUCGUUUGUGUCUCCUUACCAGCCAGAGCUUUUAUGGAUGCAGUUUACUGCCACUGUUAGGCUCUCUGAGAACAUCUGGGCACCGCUGGAAUUUGGAUUUUCUUUUCUUUUAAACCAGCCAGCAAAUAUUAACACGUUCCUGGAGAGGAGGAGGAGUGUGACCUAUUCCCCUCCCCCCCCCCAAAAAAAACUGCCAGUGGGAGGGGAAAAAAUUAUUUUCACAUUUGUUUUUAAGCAAUGGAAUAAUGGCCUUCGACUUGGUGGACACUUUUGGAAUGGGAGUUCAAACUGGACAAGUCUCGGUAGCUUUCUUGUGGUGACAGAUGAGACAUGAGAUCGUCGGCCUCCAGGCUCUCGAGCUUCUCCUCCAGGGAUUCAUUAUGGAAUCGGAUCAUGCCGGACCAGAUCACUGUGUCGGAGUUUAUUUCUGAGACCACAGAGGAUUACAACUCUCCAACAACAUCCAGCUUUACUACCCGGCUACAGAACUGCAGGAAUACCGUCACGCUGCUAGAAGAGGCAUUGGAUCAGGACAGGACAGCACUACAGAAAGUGAAAAAAUCUGUAAAAGCGAUAUAUAAUUCUGGGCAAGAACAUGUUCAAAAUGAAGAGAACUAUGCACAAGUACUAGAUAAAUUUGGAAGUAAUUUCUUAAGUAGAGAUAAUCCAGACCUGGGAACGGCUUUUGUAAAGUUUUCCACUCUAACUAAAGAAUUGUCAACACUGCUGAAAAAUCUGCUCCAAGGUUUGAGCCACAAUGUCAUCUUCACAUUAGAUUCCCUUUUAAAGGGAGAUUUGAAAGGAGUUAAAGGGGAUCUUAAAAAGCCUUUUGACAAAGCCUGGAAAGAUUAUGAGACGAAAUUUACAAAAAUUGAAAAGGAAAAACGAGAACAUGCAAAACAACAUGGGAUGAUACGAACAGAGAUUACGGGGGCAGAGAUAGCAGAAGAAAUGGAAAAAGAAAGGCGACUAUUUCAGCUCCAGAUGUGUGAAUAUCUCAUUAAGGUUAAUGAAAUUAAAACAAAAAAAGGUGUGGAUCUUCUACAGAACCUUAUUAAAUAUUAUCAUGCACAGUGCAAUUUCUUCCAAGAUGGCUUGAAAACAGCUGAUAAACUAAAACAGUAUAUUGAAAAAUUGGCUGCUGAUUUAUAUAAUAUAAAGCAGACGCAAGAUGAAGAAAAGAAGCAGCUCACCGCACUCAGAGACUUGAUAAAAUCCUCACUACAACUUGAUCAGAAGGAGGAUUCGCAGAGUAGGCAAGGAGGCUACAGCAUGCACCAGCUUCAGGGAAAUAAGGAAUAUGGCAGUGAGAAGAAAGGGUAUCUUUUAAAGAAAAGUGAUGGGCUAAGAAAAGUAUGGCAAAGAAGAAAAUGCACUGUCAAAAAUGGUAUUCUGACCAUAUCACAUGCAACCCCCCCGGAAGUAUCGGAGAAAAAGAGAUUUGUAAAAAUACCUCAGUCAAACAGGCAGCCUGCUAAACUGAAUCUACUAACUUGCCAGGUCAAACCAAACGCUGAAGAUAAGAAAUCAUUUGACCUGAUAUCACAUAACAGAACAUACCACUUUCAAGCAGAGGAUGAGCAAGACUACGUAGCAUGGAUAUCCGUAUUGACCAAUAGCAAAGAAGAAGCUUUAAAUAUGGCAUUCCGUGGAGAGCAAAGUGCGGGCGAAAAUAGUUUAGAGGAUCUUACAAAAGCCAUUAUUGAUGACAUACAGCGAUUACCUGGCAACGACGUCUGCUGUGAUUGCGGAUCACCAGAUCCAACAUGGCUUUCCACAAACCUGGGCAUUUUAACCUGUAUAGAGUGUUCUGGAAUUCACAGAGAAAUGGGUGUUCAUAUUUCUCGAAUCCAGUCUUUAGAGCUAGACAAAUUAGGAACGUCUGAACUCUUGCUGGCCAAGAAUAUAGGAAACAAUAGUUUUAAUGAGAUUAUGGAGGGGAAUUUACCAAGUCCUUCUCCAAAGCCUACUCCAACAAGUGAUAUGACUGCGCGUAAAGAAUUUAUUACCGCUAAGUAUGUAGAUCACAAGUUCUCCAGAAAGACCUGUGCAUCUGCAGCAGCUAAAUUGAAUGAACUACUUGAGGCUAUUAAAUCCAGGGAUUUACUUGCACUAAUACAAGUCUAUGCAGAAGGGGUAGAGCUAAUGGAGCCACUGCUGGAGCCUGGACAGGAGCCAGGUGAAACUGCCCUUCAUGUAGCAGUCCGGUCGGCUGACCAGACCUCACUCCAUCUCGUUGACUUCCUUGUACAAAACUGUGGUAACCUGGAUAAACAGGCAGCAUUGGGAAAUACAGUUCUGCACUACUGCAGUAUAUAUAAUAAGCCUGAAUGUUUGAAACUGCUUUUGAAGGGAAAGCCAACUAUUGAUAUAGUAAACCAAACUGGAGAGACACCUCUGGAUGUGGCGAAGCGAUUGAAAGCAACUCAGUGUGAAGACUUGCUUUCUCAGGCCAAAGCCGGAAAGCUAAACCCACAUGUACAUGUAGAGUAUGAGUGGAAUCUUCGGCAGGAAGAAAUUGAUGAAAGUGAUGAUGACUUGGAUGACAAGCCCAGUCCGAUAAAGAAGGAACGCUCUCCGAGACCCCAGAGCUUUUGCCAUUCUUCUAGUAUUUCCCCCCAAGACAAAAUGGCUCUUCCUGGCCUCAGCACUCCGAGAGACAAACAGAGACUCUCCUAUGGAGCUUUCCCCAAUCAGAUUUUUGUCUCUGCAAGCAUGGACUCGGCCACUUCUCCCACUGCAGCUGAUGCCCCUCCGCUGCCUCCCAGAAACGCUGGCAAAGGUGCGCCUGGCCCACCUUCAACCCUCCCUUUAGGCACUCAAACCACUAGCGGCAGCUCCACCCUGUCUAAGAAGAGGCCCCCUCCCCCACCCCCCGGACACAAAAGAACCCUCUCUGACCCACCAAGCCCACUACCUCAUGGACCCCAGAAUAAGGGCCAAAUUCCUUGGGGUAAUGAUUUGGGUCCACCAGCAACAAAGGCCGCAAACAAGUUUGAAGGCAUGUCUCAACAGUCAGGCACCAGUACCGCUAAGACUGCUCUGGGCCCAAGAGUCCUUCCUAAACUACCUCAAAAAGUGGCACUAAGAAAAAUAGAAACCAUUCACCUUCCUUCAAUCGAUAAGUCCUCCCAUUUGGAAAUCUUCCAGAAGUCAGCUUCGCUUUCUAUUGACCUGCCACAGAAACCCCAACCUGGAGACCUGCCCCCAAAGCCACAGCCUCUGGAGCUCCCUCAGAAACCUCAAAUUGGAGACCUACCCCCCAAACCAGGAGAACUACCCCCGAAACCUCAGCUGGGUGAUCUGCCACCCAAACCGCAGUUAGCAGAUUUACCUCCCAAGCCACAAGUAAAGGACCUUCCUCCAAAGCCUCAGCUGGGAGACGCUUUGGCUAAGAUUCAAGGUGGAGAAGUAUCGCCAAAGCCUCAGCCCUUGGAGGUAAAUCAAAAAUCUCAUUCUGUGGAUCUUUCUCCAAAGGUACAGUCUAGAGAGACCAUCCAAAAGCAAGCAUCAGAAGACUCCAAUGAUGUAACGCAUGCCCUGCCAGAGACCCCAGUGCCACUCCCUAGAAAGAUAAACACGGGGAAGAACAAAGUUAGGAGAGUGAAGACAAUCUAUGAUUGCCAAGCAGACAAUGACGACGAGCUUACAUUUGUCGAAGGAGAAAUUAUCAUUGUAACUGGUGAAGAGGACCAAGAGUGGUGGAUUGGCCACAUUGAAGGACAGCCGGAGAGAAAAGGGGUCUUCCCGGUAUCCUUUGUCCACAUUUUGUCUGACUAAAUCGAACGGGAAACCGGAGCGUUGGCACCUCCUUCCCCUUCAGACGGGCUUUUUUUAGCAUGAAGCAAAUGGCUGCUGCCUCCCUGUAAUUCUGUGCACAAUUGUGGAUAUAUAUGUAUAUAUAUAUAAAACGGCUGUUACAGAACGAGAGCUCGUUUACGGCUCACCCCGUGCGGUGACUUAACCCUCGUCUUGUAAAUAGAUGGUGUUCCUCUGCCUUUGCCAGUAUUACGGUAGCCUUGGGACCUGGCACACCUUCCCGAGUUUGCUCAAGCUCCCGUCGGCAUCAAGCACUUCCAUCUCUCUUGUCCGUUUGUAUGGAUGGGCUACCAGCUCUUUAAGAUGUGGUCGGUCUCAUUCCGUUUCGUUUCACUGUACAGAAAUCACCAUUCCAAGUAAACCAGUAUUCUUUUUUUUAAAAAAGAAAGAAAAAUAGACAACUAGCGGAGAAUUUAGGUUCAGUUUUCAGAAUGAACUGCUUUGGCUCGUUUCCAGCCAAGUUUCCAGCUCCCAUUGUACUCGGAUUUCCAGCUUGUGACAUCCACUUCCUCGGUAUUUGUUGAAAGUGUUCAAUGUACGCAUCCAGCAAAAGAAAUAUUCACUGACGCUACAGAUAAAACAGUAGUAAUUCACAGUGUGUGGGUGAACAGCAUUUUCAUGUUUGUAUUAUAUUAGUUGCAGUUCCCCCCCCCCCAUGAUAUUUACCUCACUUUGACACCGUCUGUGUUUAAUUAAAACAAAAGAACUUGUAUCUGAUGGAGAGCAUUUCCCUUCACCGAACCAGGGACGUGCAAGAAAAAUAAUCUGUUUAUGAAUUCAGAUCCUUCCUUGCCAUCUGUGUUCAUGCAGGAAUGUUAUAUUAGCCCAUAACAUUGAGCAGUACAACUUUGGGAUGCUUUGGUUGGUCAAAAGAUGAGCCAAUGUAUUUGUUUCUAACCAGUUGACUCCCCUAGACAAUAAUUAGGCUGGGGGGGAUUUAAGGGGGUUCCCUCUCUCCUUCCCCAAUAGUCUUUGACUCACUGGAUGAUAUUAAGUUAUGAUGUCCACUUAGUGGAAUAGUCUGGGGCAGGGGGGGGGUUUUGUCGCAGGAACUCCUUUGCAUAUUAGGCCACACACCUCUGCUGUAGCCAAUCCUCCAAGAGCUUACAGGGCUCCUAGCACAGGGCCUACCGUAAGUUCUAGGAGGAUUGGCUGCAUCAGGGGGGCGUGGCCUAAUAUGCAAAGGAGUUCCUGUGACCAAAAAAAGCCCUGGUCUGGGAAAAUGGAAAGUGUUAAAUGGUUUUGAAAAUGAAAGUGAAAGAUAACCUUUCCUCCAAAAUUGGCAGCUGUUAAUUAGAGAAACCCGAGAAGCAGUGCGUCCCUGGGGAGAUUACAUUUUCUUUACUGAAUCCUAAUUAUGGUUCAGGGUUGAGCUCUGAGCAUUCGCCAGCAAUCAUGGAACCACAAAGCUGAUCACUUUGGAAGGAUGCAUUUUGACCUGUGGUAGCUUUAUAGUUAUAAAAUCGUAUUACUUGCUGCUUCAGCCCUUUCCUUAUCCUAAUCAAGACUAUUAACGUAUUAAGGGCAUAAUCAUUUCUGAUAGGCUUAUUUAUUGUCGUUCAGUCUGAUCUUUGAUCGUAACCCGAGCUGAGGGCUGCCUUUUGGUUUACGAUCAACAGGAGCGGCUUGUCGUGCAACUCCGUGUGUCCUGUUAGGUUUACCUGGCAUAUAAUGUUGCUUUAAGGCAAUAUUACUUCGGCAACGGAAUGUAUUCCUUAUCUUAUCUUUUUUUACUUCGAAACUGAUUCCGCCUGUGAUCCCCCCGUCAAAGUGUUUCCUUUCACUAAAGCACAAGUUCAGAUUAAACCUUUCUGAGGCUUUCGCUUUCAACGUCUUACAAACCCCACACUCGGUGAAUAUUUAUUUUUAUUUAAAUGGUUAACAUGCAAAAAAAAAAUUAAUAAUCAAAAAGUCGUGCAUGAAGAAUAGCAAAAAUAUUUAUCAGCCAUUAUUGGAAAGUGGUUUUAAAAAAAAUAGUUGCUUCCUCCGUCUCAUGACACAUUUUGUUGAAAGAGAUUAAGUGUGCAAACGUGUGAAUGAGCCGACCGGCCUCACCUCUGCAGUGUUACCAUUGUCAGUGUUCUCAGACUCAUGCCGUUGCUACAAAAGCCAGAACUCAAAUGACUUAGCAUUCCAUGUCGCUUAUCAACGCAGUGUGCUUCAGAUGUAUUAAAAGAACAAAGCUGAUCUACCUUUAUUUUUUGUCAAGUGUAUUUUACAACAAUUUCAAAAUCCACCGUUCAAAAAAAAGGGCGGCAAAGCAUAUAAAGAAGAUCAAGAUGUGUAAAAUGAUGUAGAGUCAAAUGUCUAUUAUUUUGUAUGCUUUUUUGAAGUAGUAUAAUAUGAAUUUUUUCUAAAAAAUAAUAAUAAUAAAAAGAACAAGAGCUGACUAUUCUGGGUGAUUUGAAGAGUCCAUAGGAGAAUUAAAAAAAAACAAUGUAUGAUAAUAUAGGUUGAGUUUAAGUACAGUGUUAUAUUUGAACUCAAAGAGCCACUAUCUGCAAUUUUGUACAUGGCGUAUUUGGGAAUUCUGUUUGUUUUUUUGUUUCCCCCCCCCCCUCCCCCAGAAGAGGGAAGUCUGUUCUGCAAAAAGGUGUGUCGUUUUACUGUUGAACAGCAAUGGCUAUUUAUUUUUUAUGACCCAGCGCUUCAACAUGGAUAGAAGGCAAAUCUGAUUAGUCCCACCUAGUUAGAAGCCGAAGUCUCCUUUGAAUGUUGCAGUCAUCAUUACACCAAUACACUCGUCUCCUCCCAUGUGUUUAAUGUGACAGUUUGAGUACUGUAUGUGUUAAUUUCUACUUUUUUAAUAUUUAAAAUUGCUUUUAAAUAAAUGUAUUCAGUUGAUCCCAAAA